GGUGCCGACGAAACCCGAAAACGCGCGCGUACUUUCGCCACGAAAAACAUAAUUUUCUCCCAAGAUAUUAUGUAAUACUUUACAAUUUUUUACACAAUUAAAUAAAAAUAAUAAUGUUUUUAAAUAUACAAAGUGGUCUGCUUUUCAAUAUCGUGUUAAACUCGCGUCCAAGACUGUCAAUAUGUAUGCAGAGCAUAAUAUAUUGAUUUUCCAAUGAGAAGAAGAAUCUGAAUUCUGUGUUAUAUUCAGUGUUGUUAUUAGUGUAGUGGUUAAAUAAUUUAGUAAGUGCGGCUUUUUCAUGCGGAGAAAAUAUUUCUUCAAAGAAACUCAGCACGCCCGAAUAAAAAAUGGCCGUCCGUUAUGGAACCAAAAAGUGUUCCAAAUUCAAAUAGUGUUCUAAAUUCGGAAAUUAAAACUGACCGUUGAACAUGAGCGACGACUGGCUGGAUAAUAAAGUAUUCUAAAUUCAAAUAUGUUCGAACUUUUAACCGUAGCCGCUAAGUCAUGAGUGAACGCGUGGAAAAGUUAUGACUAUACGUAAAAGGACUUGAAAAUGGAAGGGGCUUCGACGGCCACGGAGGCCUAUCAGUACGUGGGGCCCUUCAGAUUGGAGAAGACCCUGGGGAAAGGCCAAACAGGUCUAGUAAAGCUGGGAGUCCACUGCGUCACGGGCAAGAAGGUAGCUAUAAAGAUCAUCAACCGAGAGAAACUGAGCGAGUCUGUUCUUAUGAAGGUGGAGAGGGAGAUAGCAAUUAUGAAACUGAUAGAACACCCUCACGUAUUAGGGUUGUCCGACGUCUACGAGAAUAAGAAAUACUUAUACUUAGUACUAGAACACGUGAGCGGGGGUGAGCUAUUCGACUACCUGGUCAAGAAGGGUCGAUUGACCCCGAAGGAGGCGCGGCGCUUCUUCAGACAGAUCAUAUCCGCACUGGACUUCUGUCAUAGCCACUCUAUCUGUCAUCGAGACCUGAAACCGGAGAAUCUUCUUCUGGACGAGCGAAACAACAUCAAGAUAGCAGAUUUCGGCAUGGCGUCCCUCCAGCCAGCUGGUUCUCUGCUGGAGACGUCCUGCGGGAGUCCGCAUUACGCUUGUCCAGAAGUUAUUAGGGGAGAGAAAUAUGACGGUCGCAGAGCCGAUGUUUGGUCUUGUGGUGUCAUCCUCUACGCCUUGCUCGUGGGUGCUCUGCCUUUUGAUGAUGAUAACCUCCGUCAAUUACUCGAAAAGGUGAAGCGUGGAGUGUUCCAUGUGCCACACUUUGUGCCGCCCGACUGCCAACAGCUGCUGCGAGGGAUGAUUGAAGUCAACCCUGAGAAGAGAAUGACUCUAGCAGAGAUCACCCGUCACCCGUGGGUGACGGCCGGCGGCCGAGGCGAGCUGGAGCAGGAGCUGCCGAUGAUGGAAGUAGUUCAGACCAGGGUGCUACCCUCCGCUGAGGCCAUUGACCCGGACGUGUUACAGGCUAUUUGCAGUUUGGGAUGCUUCAAGCAGAGAGACAGGUUAAUUCAGGAGUUGUUAAGUCCACAUCACAACACAGAGAAGGUGAUAUACUUCCUGCUGCUGGAGCGCAAGCGCAGACGGCCCGCGCGCGAGGACGAGCCGCGUCCGGCCGCGCCCGCGCCCGCGCCGCUCGACGCGCCGCGCAAGCGUCUCGACACCUGCCGGGUCAACGGUCAAUCGGCACAUUUUGGUCAAAUCAGCGAAGGGUCCCCGAUCACGCCGCGCAGAUCGCAAUUCAGGUUUGGUCGCAGCAGGUCCGCGUGCGGGCGCCGCGCCGACGGCAGCCUGCAGCUCGCCGCCAGCCCGCCGGGACACACUCCACAUCGAGUAUCGUCUUUGGGAGGCACCCCAGCUACUCCUGGUUCACCUUUGGCUUCGCCGUCGAUAAGGGAACACCACCAUCAGAGAGCAAAUUCCACGGGACCUACAAUUAGCCUUAAUAUUAGUGGCGAGCCGGGAGAGGCGGUGAUAAUAAUAAACGAAUCACCAAUGGGGGGCCCCGCAAUAACGGCUAGGCCACACAGUCCCUCGCAAACGCACAGAGUCCGCGAACGAUCGUCGCUGCCGGGCCCCCCCGCGCAGUCCCCCACACCCCCCCUCUUCCCCAACUUACAGUCUAUCACCGGUGUGCCGGCUGGCGGCAGCGGUACUAACGCUGUUGCGCCGCCGUGGAGAGUGAGACUCGCGAGUAUUAAGAAUUCAUUUUUAGGCUCCCCCAGAUUUCAUCGGAGGAAAAUGCAAGCGUCUUCAGAGGAGGUCCACUUGACUCCGGAAUCGUCUCCGGAACUGACCAAGAGGUCCUGGUUCGGGUCACUGUUGCUGUCAGCUGACAAGGAAGAGACCUUCACAGCUCUGGUCAAAGGGAAACCUUUAGCCACGGUCAAAGCUGAUCUUAUACACGCAUUUCUUAGUAUAGCGGAGCUAUCGCACAGUGUGCUCAGUCCAAUGUCUUUCAGAGUUGAAUAUAAGAGGGGAUCAAACGCGCCCGCCAUGUUCCAAAGACAUGUUAGAUUUCAGGUCGAUAUAUCGACUAUCACCAAAGCGCCGGGCGAGAAUGGAAAGGAAUAUCUUUAUGCCAUCACUUUUACCUUGUUAUCAGGCAACAUCCGUCGCUUCCGCCGCGUGUGCGAGGUGGUGCAGGCGGCCGUGCGCGCCGCGCGCCCCGCGCCGCCCGCGCCGCCCGACCCGCGCGCCACGCGGCGCGCUCUGCAUGCGCAUGCGCACGCGCACGCGGCAACAGAGAUUCCAGACAGUCCGGAAACCCCUCAUCAACACUCUGAACAUGACAGCGACUCUUCAGUGUUCGACAACGUCAAGAGUCCAACCAGCCACACCUCCAUAGACCAACUCGAUCAGAACGGAACACACCCGCUCGGAUCGAGUUCGUCGGUCACUAGCGGUUCUAGCGGUUAUAAACAAGCCGUGCGCGGGCGCCGGACGGCAGAGCCAGCCUCAGCGUCUCUAGACCACGAGAUCAUGGCGUGCGGGAGGGAUCUACCUGGUACACACACAAAACGCUCAUCGUCAGAAUGCCGUGACGCGACAUCAUCUCCGCGUCGAGGGCUAGAGUCGCGCGAGUCUUCGCUAAAAGACGAGUUGCGACGAAACAAUUCGUUGCGCGACAGCCGCCGAGAGGUGGCGCGGCAGUCGCCGCCCGCGACCAUCGCGUGAGUGAACCGACUGUAGCUCUUUCUCUUUCUAGAAGACGGUGUGAAGUGAACGGUGUACGGAAGAUGGGUGGUUCCAGGAGAUGGGUGGAGUUUUGUUCUGUUGUGUUGUGAUUGGUUUGUUAGUUUUCGUGGCUACGUGAUUUGAUGGAUAAAAUGUUUUUUUUUUAAUAAUAUAUAUUUUUUUAAAAGUUAGGUAUAUUUACCUAAGUAUGUGCUAUUUAUUUAUAAAAGAAACUUAUCAAAAAUUUGACAAACAAAAAAGCAUAGUAGUUUAGCCCCUAACUUAUUGUUUUUUAUUUCUGACAUGUUUAAAUCAAUUUUGUUCGAUGUGUUUAGAUUUCAAAUCCUAUGAAAAAAUAUUUGACUGUAAUUAUAAUCCAGAACAAAACCACUCUUUUUAUUUAUCAUCUGUUUAGAAACAGAAACGCAAAUGGGCUACAGCUCAUAGCUCGGAUGGAGCAACGCUGACUUUCACCUGUCACCAUUGAGCGACGACACAAACAAGCGCAUUUAUACAAAUUAAUUUAAAAUUUAAAAUAUAAACAUUUAUUAUUAUUUGACAAUAAAUCAAUAUUAUAUAUUGGAAAAGAGAGAAAAGUUUAAGUCCCACUGCUGGGCAAAAGCCUCGCCUAACUUCCUCCGCGUUCUUGUCCCUUGGUGUUCUCUUGUCAUUAUUCGUCGAAUGUUUUAAUGUCAUCCGACCAACUUUUCUGUAUCUUAUCUACUGAUUUUGUUUAAUCAAUAUGUACGAUAGCCACGAAAACAAAGACACGAUCUCUAUGAGACAUAAGACUAAACAUGUUGAACAUUUGAAAGAACUUAAAAUUGUUAAUUGACGCUCCUGCCUCUUUGUAAAGUGUUAUAUUUUGACUCUGAGCCCAACAAGGAUUUUAUAUUGUGAAAUCAUUAUAAAAGUAGCCUCCUACUACUCCUCAAGGUUUCGCCUAUCUCUCUGCCAAAUUACAUCAAAUUCGGCCCAGUAGUUCUUGAGUUUAUUCAAACAAAACACCAAAAAAAAAAACCAAAUAUUUUCUCUUUAUAUUAUUAGUAUGGAUGAAUUAAUCGAAAAAUAUAAUCAAAUCAAGAUAUAUGCUACUUUUAUGACGAUUAAAUAAUACAGGCCAUAAAUGCUUUUGUCAAAAUAUUACAUUUUUUUAUUUGGGUAGAAGCGAAAAUCCAGUUUUGCCAAUGACGUUAUAUGUGUAAGCAAAAUCAGACUUUAAUACAAUGAGCAUAAAACUUAUUAUUGUUUACAACUAUUAUCAUUACCAACUUAUAUUACCAACUUACAAAAAUAUAUAUUCCUACUAUUUAAAAAUUCAAACCACGAAUAUCAUCAAAUAAAAAAAUAAAAAAAGAAAAAGUUGUGUGUGGCCAGUGAAACCAACAAUUUUUUUUUUUAAUCUCGUGUAUCAUAAUAAAUAAAUGUCAUACUUCGCUAAAAUAUAUUUCAAUAAUAGGCCGUAAACUCAUUGCGUUAAGGUCGAUUUUAGAAGUAAGGGAAAUAAUAAUGAAACAUGCACAAAUGUGUUUGAAAGAACUGGAAAGACUACAAACGAUACUUCCAAUACGAUUUUACUUUUGGUGCCAGUAAUUUUGAUAGAUUAUUUAUCGAUUAAUUUAGUCAUUUAACCUUUGAUGACAUGUAUGUAAUAUUCAUAUUAAAUUUGUCUUAUUGGAAAGGUGGAUAUAAUGUUGAAAAUAACCUAAAACAGCCGCUGCAUACAGUUUAAUUUUCAGUUUUGUACUAAUUGUUUAUUUUGCUUUAUGUGCAAUAGUUUAUUGUUGUACCUAUUGUUAAAUUUGAUUGUACCUAUUGUUAAAACUUUUAAUAUUUUUUUUUUCUUUCAAACAAAAUAUUUUUUUUAAUAGGUAUAAAAAAAUUAAUAUUAUUUUAUCAUUUACUACUUAAUACAUUAAUUGUUUUUAUUAUACUACCCGAAAUUGCUGGCACCUCAGGUAAUGAAGAGGGCAGUUUUACAAUUUUUUUGUAAAAACUUUGUAUAAAGAAUUUAUUUAUUUAUUUUCACAUAGAAUUGUGAAUCUCGCGUUCAUGUUACAAAAUUGUGUAACUUAAAAAUAUGUACAUUUUUUCACCGACGCUUCCUAUUGUCACCAUAGUAAAAAAAAUUGGGAAUACUUUUCACAAUUAUAAGUACUUCCAUUUUGGAUAAUCGCACGUCCAUGCUGAAAUAGAAUAUUGCGCAUUUUUUUUUUUCAUUAUUAUAAGUAAAUUAAAAAUAAUUUAAUUUCAUUGUGUUUAACCGGCAAAUAUAAUACGUAAAAAAAUUAAAA